GAUUAAAAUGUCACUCACCUCCAUCCUGUCGGCUGAGGCCAUUGAAAGCGCUGUCAAGGACUGUCAAGAACCAAACUCCUUCUGCUACAAGAAGUUCUUCAAGUUGUGCGGACUCACUUCGAAGAGCCCCCAAGAGGUGAAAGAUGUCUUCAGCAUCCUUGAUGAAGACAACAGCGGCUACAUCGAAGAGUCUGAACUAAAAUUCUUCCUGCAGCGGUUCGUCCCCGGGGCCCGCACGCUGACCGAAGCCGAGGCAAAGAGCUUCGUCUCGGCCGCCGACGAUGACAACGACGGCAAGAUUGGCGUGGAGGAAUUCCAGACCAUGGUCCAGUCCUGAGGACCCUGAAGACUGAUGACCUUGCAACAACCAGCUACUCCUCGCAUUCCACUCUGUCAACCUCUACUACAACCCUUCCCACUUUCAUUAAUCACACCAUCGCAAUAUGCUUAGAAUCUGUUUUCGGUCAUUAUCUGUCUGUUUAGAAACAAAGAUCCAGCCACAAUGUGCUGUUUUCCUCUAUGUUCACGUGCUCCCAAAACGGUGAUGAUGAAUAAAAAUACUAAAUAAAAAGGUAAAAAGAUA